GUAACUUCUGAGUAAAACAAAAUUGCAAAAAGUUUGUUGGUUUGUUGUUUGUAAUCAUCCACAUAAUAAAAUCCUAAUUUAAUAAGUAAUAUCCUAUUGCUCACGUUUUUGCUUUACGAAGAAGAAGAAAGUUUACAAAAAUUGUCGUCAUUUUACACUGCCUAUAAAUUUUAUUUCUUAUCGAUGUAUAUCGAAUAAUGUAGUUAUAGUGUAUAGAUAUAUAAUAAAUUAUAUCGCAUGAAUCCCCAGUGCUUUAAGAAAAUUGCAUCAUAUUUGUGAGGAAGUAACGCAGUUUUGUUCUAUAUAAGUAACAAAAAAUUUAUGAAAUGGAUAAAAUGAUGGCACCUUUUAAUUUAGAAGGAGAAACUUUAGGAAAUAAACACAGAAAUUACAAUAAAAAAAUAAAUGAUUUAAUUUCUCACAAUCCAAAUGAAAAGCAAACUGCUAUUAAUUAUGAUGAUUGCGACAUAGAAAACUUACUGAAAAUAGAUAUUGCUUGCUGGCAAAAAGAUGUUGAAUAUAUACUUGAGAUAUUUAAAUGUAAGGAUAUGUUGUAUCUAACUAGAGCCUUAAAACAGGUGAAAUGGCUGAUAAUAGAGCUGCCAUAUGCUCACAUAAUCAAUCCAACUUUUAUACAUGAUGAGUUACUUCCAUGCAUGAGCAUAAAGGCAUACAAUAAACUUAUGCUGCACAUUCGAUUAAAUCUCAGAGAUGAGGAAAGAGUUGAUAUGUUUUACACUUACUUGGAGGAAAAAGAACUUAAAAGAGCAUUUAAAUGGCUACCUUAUGCCUCACCAACAUUAAUAGAAAAAGUAUUAAAGCAGCAUGGUAGAACGGUACCUUUGACUAUCAUAAAGCGGCUAUAUAAGUCAAAUUGUUUAUUUGAUUACUGUAAAGAUGUACUUAGUGAGCAUAAUUAUGAUAAUAAUAAGAUAGCCCUGGAAUUAUUAAGAAAUGAUCACACCAACUAUAUGAAUUAUCUCAAUUUAAUACCAGAGUAUCAAUUACCAGAUAUUUCAGCCAAUAAAACAAAGAAAAUAAUGAAAAAUUGUCCCGAUGAAAUUUUAAAUAAUAUUGGGAAAUUCAUUAGUAAAGUACAUGUUGAAACUGUUGCAAAAAACAUUCCAUCAAAAGAUAUUCAAGCCUUUUUGGAGAAAAAUUGUCAAAAUCCAUACCUUAAGCCUUUAUACAAAUAUGACAAAUUAAUAUAUUUUAUUAAAAAAUUACCAGAAAAAGUUGAUUUAGUUAAAACUGUAUUUUUGGAUAAAACAGAAGUAAAAUUUACGACGGAAAAAUAUCUGUAUAAUAAUACCAUGAUCCGCUGUUUAACAAAUAUGAAUAAUGAAUACUUGUGGUAUGAGAUCAUGCCUAUUGACAUAGCAUUUGUUGGCUUAAAAAAAUUAAUUGAAGCCGAGUCAAACCCUCUUAAAAAGUGUAAUAUGCUUUGUAUGCUUUGGUCUUGUUCUCGUGGCUGUGAAAUGCAUAUGCAAGAAGUACUUAAAUAUUAUCAUACAAAUCACAUACAUGAGGCUUUUAAAUACAAAUCAAAAUUUAUCAAACAUGUUCUAUCAAAAGCAGACAUCCAUCACGUUGAAAAAAUCACCUGGAAUCUUUUGAAUAAUUUGUUCUAUAGCAUGGGGAUUUACAAUCAGAGUCAGAAUAGCAAGAUGGAUGAAUAUGUUGAUUGUAUUAUAUUAUAUAACAUCAUUCACGAUUGUAAUGUUCCUGAUGUAAUACUGUCCAAAUUUAAUUUUAAAACUUUCAAGAAUAUUCACAAUAAAUUAACUCAAGAAGAAAAAACAAGAUUAUGCGAAUUCUUAUUGAAAUUUAAUAGCAAAAUCCUACAGCAAUACAACAUUGCAGAUGAAAAGGAUUUUAAAGAAAUUUUGGCAUGCUUUAAAAACAUAUCAGAUUUGAGCUGUGACUAUAAGAAAAGUCUAGAUGAUUUCCUAAUGAAAGAAAUGAAUGAGAUGAUAGAUUAUCUUCUGAAUCAAUCAAGAUUUGAAGACCUAAAAGAAAUAUGUAAUAUUGGAAUAAAUUUGAGAAGGUAUAUUAUGAUCAAUCAUUCUAUUUUCAUAAGUGAAACAGAGAAUGAUUGCAUAAAUGCAUUAAGAUAUAAACCACAGUUGUUACUUGAAAACGUGAACGCAAUAUGUGGGAAAUCUGAGUUGCCUAAAAGAAGAUUGUUUCAAAAGCUUCGAGUUUAUUGGCAUGAUACACUUGCUGUAAUGUUUAAGGAUACACAUUUUAAAAUUUUAUCUGAAUGUUGUAACGAAAAUGCUGCUAUUAUAGGACAUGUAAUCACUCUUUUGUCACAAACUGAAAUAGAGAAAUUAUUACAGACAUAUUUAGUUACUGAUUGUACACACAACAGUAAACUGAAAAAGAGCAUAGUAAACUCUUUAUAUAUGGCUCGACCAGCACCUUCGCUGGAAAUCUUGGUAUCAAAUAUGAAUAAUAUGAACUUUUCUCAUAUAGCUGGAGCUUUAAAUUGUUUGUUCUCGGACUUAAACCAAUUUGUAGCCCGUCCAUACAUUUACAAAUUCUACAAAAUGAAUAUUUUGUUGCGAAAAGUUGCUUUAAGAUUUGCGGUCACUAAACUAAAGCAUGAUGAAAUAAUUAAAUUAUUUCACGAGACUUGGGUAAUUUCUAAGAAUCGUCGGUUGCGAAGUUUAAUAUUCAAAUUAACUUUUUCUUUGUUUAUUUCAUCAAAUAAGGAUAAAGACAUUAUAGAUAUAUGGGAACUAAUGGACAGUUUUAUUGGGGAUUUAGGAUUAAAUGAACACAAAUCUAUAUAUAAUACAUUAUGUAACAUACCAAAAUGUCCAACAACAGUAUGUCAACAGUAUUAUAAGCGAGUGGAAGCUUUUUUAAAAACAUUACCAAAUGAUAGCUAUUAUAAAAUGUUUGACCAUCAUAUUCUACAUAUGAUUGAAUAUAACUCCAGUAUGAAUUGGAUUUUAGAUGUAGAUUUGGUUUUAAAGAAAAAAGAAACAGAUUUACAAAACUUACUGACAAAACAAUAUUAUCCACAUUGGCUACCUGAAUACUUGAUGGAUGUCAAAGAUGAAAAAACCCAAAUGGAAAGAUAUAAUGCUUUAUUUGUACCAUUUUUAGAUAAUGUAUUAUGUGCAUGGCAAUCUGAGUCACAAGCUAAGAAAAACUUUCUUAGUAUAAUGGAAAGACUAUAUGAAUUUAUUGGAACAUGCGAAAAUAAUAAUAAAAUAGUUGUACCUAUUACAAUGUUUUCUGAUAUUCAAUCAAGAAUAGAAAAAGCCAUACCCAAUGACGAAAAUUACUUUCUUUUGAGGUAUACCAAAUUAGCUGUGUGCUAUUUAAAUGUUGUAGACACUUUUCUAAAGUCAAAUACAAAUACACUUGAAUUAUCUGCAAUAGUUUGUGAAAAAUUUGGAAAAGUUUGCGUUGAGCAACUAGAUGAAGAUAUCAAAAAAUAUUCUACUGCAAUUUAUUUGACUUUUUCCCAAGCAUUGGAUUAUUUAAUUACUCAAUUGGAUUUUGGCGUAAUUAAAAAAAUGCGUAUUUUAGAAGCAGUGAUGAGGUGUAAUCCUCCCAUAGAAGGUUAUAUAAUGGUAGUGGAAUUACUACCAAGGAGUAUAUUUACUGAGUAUGAAUAUUAUUCACGCAGAAGUGUAAUACUUAAACUCAAAGCGCAUCCAAUAGAAGCGGUAAGAACGCAUGUACACAAUUACUUUCUCAGAGUUUAGACGGUAGUCUGUAGUACAAAGUACAAGUACAAGUAAAUAAAAACAAAAGCAACAAAUGUUACCAUUCUAUUCUGGGAAUAAUAUUUUGCGAUUUCUGUAAUAUUUUCCCCUAUAUACUUCCCCAUUUAAAACAUUAGUAAGGACAAAGAAUGUGCAGUCAAAUAUUGUAGAGGAAUAAAAAAAAAAGUUAUACAUAUAUUAAAUAAAA